UCCUUCUGACUUAAUUGGUGUUUGUUUUUUCCCACGGACCCUGAAGGCAGCGGGAUACUUACAGUGGAGUCUCGCGCCGCAGCCGUUAGUUGGACCAUGUAAAGAUGGCGGAGCUGCAGAUGCUGCUGGAGGAGGAGAUUCCUGCGGGACGGAGAGCCUUACUGGACAGCUUCACCAACCUGGAGAGGGUCGCCGAGUACUGCGAGAGCAACUAUGUCCAGUCCACAGACAAGCAGCGAGCGCUGGAGGAAACCAAGAGCUACACCACCCAGUCUCUGGCCAGCGUCGCCUACCUCAUCAACACGCUGGCCAACAACGUGCUGCAGAUGCUGGACAUCCAGGCCUCGCAGCUCCGUCGCAUGGAGAGCUCCGUCAACCACAUCUCACAGACCGUCGACAUUCACAAGGAGAAGGUGGCUCGACGGGAGAUCGGCAUCCUGACCACCAACAAAAACACGACUCGCUCCCAUAAAAUCGUGGCUCCGGCGAAUCCAGAGAGGCCGGUGCGUUACAUCAGGAAGCCCAUCGACUACAGCGUGCUGGACGAUAUUGGACAUGGAGUCAAGUGGUUGUUGAGGUUCAAGGUGAACGGCCAGCAGAACAUGAAGCUAGGAGGAGGUCUGUCCAGGUCCAACCCACCCACCCAGAAACCGCCCAGCCCUCCGAGGGCAGGAAAGGGCAUCUUAGGGAAGAACUCCCCCUACAGGACUCUGGAGCCAGUGCGCCCCCCUGUGGUGCCCAACGAUUAUGUCUCCAGUCCCACCAGGAACAAUAUGGCCAUCGGACAGCUUCCGAGUCCGGCCCGCACCGCCACCCUCAACCACCGACCCCGAACGUACAGUGGCAGCAGUGGAGGCAGCCAUCCCAGCAGCAGCAGUCGCAGCAGCAGCAGAGAGAACAGCGGCAGCGGCAGUGUUGGCAUCCCCAUCGCCGUGCCAACGCCCUCCCCACCCUCCACCUUCCCAGUUUCCCCGACUGCUGGACCAGCUAGCUCCUCCUCCACAGCUCCUAACUCCUCCCCCUCGCCUUCACCGACUCCUUCCUCCUUCUCCUCCUCUUCCUCCACCACCACCCUAACACAACCCAACGCUCCUUUACCACCAAACUCACCCUCACAACACGCCGACUCGUCCCCUCAGCAAAGCUCGCGAUCGAACGCACCAAACGCCUCCCCGCCCUCUAACCCCUCCCCCAGCGCCGCCGAUGUCCAAUCAGAACUGUCUCCUCUCCUUCCUCCCGCCCCUCCUCCUCCACUGUCCUCCUCUUCCUCCUCGUCAUCACCUGUUGAAGGUCCGAUCGUCCCUCAGUUCUACAGUAUGAACCGUCCUCAGCCUCGACAGCAGACUCCUCAGGUGGGGGGGUCCCUGCCGUACCGCCGCCCCCCCUCUGUGACUGGUCAGCCAAUCGCAACGCAGAAUCAGGUCAACGGUGGUCCCUAUUACAACCAGAGCCCAGCCUCCCCUCCACCUCCGUCCCUCCUCCAGUUCACUCCUCAGCUUCCUCUCAUGGGUUUCGUCGCUCGAGUUCAGGAAUCCAUUUCAGAUGCCCCUCCUCCUCCUCAUCCAGCCACCGAGAACCAAUCAGGGUCUGAGGAGCCUGUUUCAACACCUGAACCUUUACAGGACGGACACGAAGAGGAGGACUCGGCAGUGGUGGAGUACAAUGAUCCAUACGCUGAAGAAGACCCGCCGUGGGCCCCCAGGAACUACCUGGAGAAAGUGGUGGCCAUCUACGACUACACGGCCGACAAGGAGGACGAGCUGUCGUUCCAGGAGGGAGCCAUCAUCUACGUGAUCAAGAAGAACGAGGACGGCUGGUACGAGGGAGUGAUGAACGCCACCACCGGCCUCUUCCCAGGGAACUACGUGGAAUCCAUCAUGCACUACGCCGACUGAGGAGAAGCUCUGAACCAGAAGGGAAAAGUUCCACUCGGUUCCACUUUUGUAUUUGGUUCCUUUAGAUUCUCACUAACAGUCACAAGCGAAUCGGAGCUCAUGGAGAUAAAUCAACACUUUAUUCAUAAUAGUAUUGUUUACUGGACAGAAGUUGUGUUAUUUUACCCAUGAGGCUUUGGGGUUCUUUGGUGUUUCACGUCAUACUUAAGACUACGUCAACAUUAAGCCGGCUACAUUUUAAAGAAAUGCUUUUUGCGAUAUUUCAAUUUCAGCUACAAACAAGUAUAAAGCUGGCAAAGGUUUGUUCCUGGUUUCAGUGGUUAUACAAAACUGUGUUUUUCCUCAUCAUUCAGGGAUGAAAGAGAGAGAAAAAGCCACAUUUUUUAAUCUUCCUAGCUUAAUGUCGACGUAAUCUUAACGUAUUUUGGUGGAUUUUGUGUCUUGAGUUCGACCGGCGUCGCCACACGUCCAGGUUUGCCUUGUGAUGGUUGGUUUUUUUAAACUUUUUUUAAGCGUCCUCUGGCACUUAAAACUGGUCUGCAGUCGGUUUAUAACCUUACAGAUGAUGCAGUUUAUCAAGCAGCAAUACUAAAGCCUAUAUCCAUAAUCUAAACCAGCUUAAACAGCAAUAACCCUGAGCAAAAACAUAAACCUUGUAGGUAGGAAAACAUAUUCUAUUGCACAAAAGUCCCAGAUUAAUUGACUGAAAAUAGUUCUAAUGGUGUCCAGUGUUUCUGUUCUUGUAGAAAAAGAUGGAAUUUCAAUUUUUAUUUUCUUCUGAUCACAAGAAAUGUAUUUUAAGAUCGUGAUAUAAGUUUAAAACCACCAGAUAUGUGGUUGAAAUGCUCAUAAAUCACAGAAACGCUGUUUAAAACUGCAGAACUUUCCUGAGAUUCAUUUGAUUUUUGCAUUUUGAAGGAAAUCCAGUGACGUUCAUUCAAGCAGGAAGUGCUAAGAGUUAAUUUUGCUUCACUUCUAAUCAGUUUGUCAGAAUAUAAACAAAUAUUUUUUGGCCUUGCAUGGUUUUUACAGAACAGGUAUUUAUCCUGAAUUGAAAAAAUGUGGACAAAAAGGCAAAAAUUUCUCCUCUAGAACACAUAAAGUAAAGAUUAACAGUGUUUCUAAGUAAGAAGUCCAUAUUUUGAAUUAAAAAUACACAACAUUCAUGUAUGAAGUUACUAAACUAGAGCUUAAAGUGUUGAGAAAAACAAUUUUUUCUUUCUUUAUUGUGAUGAAAAAAAUCUAAAAGAAGCUUUUAUUUAAUAGCAGUUUAAUAGUAGUUUCAUGCGUACAGAAAAACAAACUUUGUCACAUUUUUAUCAAUAUUUUUUGUAAUCAGAAUUUAUAAUUCAUUUAUCCUUUGCCUUAACAAAAUCCUUCAACAUUCCUGUUUCUUCGUGAGCUUAAUUUUCAUUUUUUCUGUCAGUAAAGUUAAAAAUAUUACGAGAUGAACUAGAGAUAAAGUAAAGAAGACACUAUGGAGCUUUACAAUAAUCAAACUGCAAUAGAAGGAAGCAGAGAGACGCUAGAACUCAGUGAAGGUGUUUUUGUUAGUUGAGAGGGAUGGUGGGAUUGUUCUCUGCCAUAAAUAUCUUUAGCUUCCUUAACGUCACACAUCUUUCUGUGAUUCUGUGUUUUCUGCUAGGAAAGAAAGACAGAAGAAAGAAAUUGUUACAAAUAUUCAACGUUAAAGUCCACGUGUUGAUCAGAAAAUAGGAGGAGUGAUUAUUUUAGAAUCAAUGUUGAUAGUUUGAAGAUUUUACUGCAAAAUUAACUGACUUUGCUGGUUAGUUUUCCUUCCAGUCAGUUCAAAUUUACAAUAAAUCAGUAAAUUUCGACUCAUCCAAACCUCUAAUUUCGUAUGUCAUGCAAUGAAAUACGAGGCUUGUCUUUGAUUUAUAUUUGAAAUUAGAGGUUUCAGCUCUGUGGAUAAAAAUGCCUUCUUUAUGGCUCCCAGAAUUUAAAACCCGCUGAUUUUAGUGGGGUUUUUGUUAAGUCAAAACUUUUGUUUAUGAGCAAAUAACAGUAAAACUAACGAUGUCAGUCUGAGCUUGUGUUUAACAGCUGAUUAGAAAACGUCAAAGGUUCACUGAUUUCAGUGCAAAAACAAGUAAAAUCACCACAAACAUCUGGCCGAGCUUUAAACUACACAAAUGUUAACGUACAAACAUUUGUUGUUCUGAUCUGAACACGACACAAGUGUAAAACACAGUAGCUCACUAUGAGUUUAAGCUUUUUACUCAAUAGAAAAUAGAUGAAUUUAAAUAAGUUUGAAGUCAAAAUUUCGUCUUUGCAUCGCUGCUCGCUUCUCUCUGCUGCAGAAAUUCAGCUAAAUAUAUAGAAAUACAGAUAAAAAUGCCUCUUAAUUUGUAGAAAGACAUCAAAUUGCACAUUUAAAGCCUUCAGAAAGCUAAUUUAAUGGUAAACCGAUGAGCUAUUUUCAUUUAAAUGAGCUGAUUAAUGGCACUUGGAUGAAUAGAAACCCAGAAACACUUGAUUCCUUUGAGCUACAAACUGAAAAAUUAAAUUAAUAUUCCAGUGAAAGUGGAUCAGAAAGUGGACAUAUAAAUAGUAGGUAGAUUAUUCAGAAGGUUUUCUGAAAGCACAGUGCACUUGUUACUCAUUUUUGUAAGUUCAUGGCAGUUAUUUUUGUAGAUUUUAAAGCAAUCAGGCUAAAAAGACCCUGAAAUGAAAGAGAUGCAGCCUUUCCAGCCUGAAAGCUUUAUUCUAAAUGAGUAUUUUUUUCCUUUUAAAACUGAAAUACGUCCUCUUCUGUAGUUAUUUAAAUGAAAAACACAACAGAAGAGGUUGUUUUUGUUUGUUUUUUCAAGAUAUUUCUGACAAUUUUGGCCGUUUUUUAUUAAAUAUUGUUGCAGAAAUAACAGAAUUCACCUUUUAAUUGUUAAAACUCUCAAACAAAAAGAGAAAAUUGAAAUUAAUUCAUGUAAAACUGAACCAAAUUUAACAUAUUAUCACAUUUGCCACCAGGAUCAGACCAGGUUUUGAUCCUCUCUGAUUUAUUGAUCUCUAAUUCCCAGUUAUUAUUAUCAGUUUCUCUCCAGUCUGACCUCUGAGCCGUUGUUAUUUUUGUUUUAUUUGUGGUUUCGUGCAGUGAAGUGGACCCGAACCAGUCGCCGGGUGGAGAUUCUGGACCUGUUGCCAGUUUUUGAAGUUUACAGUGUGUUUGCCUGCAUGCCUGAUAUAUAACUGACAUUUUUACUCACCGCGUUUUCAUAUUCUUCAUGUUCGUUUGUUUAUUUUUCUUUCUAUAGUUUCACCGACUUGCUUUAUUCCGUCUGUUUGACCAGCUGGAGGUUUGUGAUGUUUUAACGGCCCUUUAAACGAAGUCCUGCCGCUCAGACGGAGACGGAGGAUGUUUUUGUGCCAUAUGUGUGUGUGUGUGUGUGUGUGUGUGUGUUGUGUUUAGAAAGCAGAUGUGUGUGUGUGUGUGAAUGCAGAUGUGUGUGUGUGUGUGUGAACCAAACCUUCCCUCGUCGACUGAAGUGACUCUGGACCUGAAAACAGUGUUUCCUCGUUGUACAGUUGUUAUUUAAGAGGUGUUUUACCGCAAAAACCAGAGUUUGCCAAGUUAACACUCCUGUGACGUUUGUACUGAAAAUUAUUGAUGUCGUUUUUUCAAUCAUCUUAGAGGAAAAUCGAUAUUUUCAGGUCCGUUUUAGACGUUUCCGAAAGGCUCAAAAUGUUCCUGAUGCUCUUAAAGCCUCCUGAGUUAAAAAAACAAACAAACCUGCAACUAAUAUUUAUUUUCACUAUGAAUAAAUUGGCUUAAUUUGCCAAAUAAUUGAUUAAAUGUUGGAAAAAAGUGACAGUAAAUAGCAAAAAUGUAAAAAAAAAAAAAAAAAAAAGUCACAAUUUCCUACAUGCAGAAAACUUUAAUUAACAGAAAAUCAACUAGUAGUAAGUUUGGUGAAUAAUUCAUUGUUUAUGUUACUUUUCUAUACAAAAACCCCUAAAUAGAGAUUAUUUUUUUAAUGAAUAAAUCUGCUUCAUUUGCCAAAUAAUUGAUUAAAUGUACAAAAGAAAUUACAUUAAAUGGUGAAAAUGUAAAAUAAUCUGAAUAUCCUUCAUGCAGAACACUUUUAUUAUUAACUUUGUUGUUGAAGUGACAGAAAAUCAACUCGCAGUAAGUUUGGUGAAUAAUUCAUUGUUUUUCACUUUAGAAUGCAAAAAAAUCCCCCAAAACAGAUGAAUUUUUAUGAAUAAAUCUGCUUCAUUUGGAAUAGCGUUACUUUUUAACCAAUAACUGAAUGAGGAAAAGAUGGUUUUUACCUCGCUGACAUGUUUCAACCACAUCUGCAGUCUUGAUGAGGAACCAGAAACACAAACUAGCCUUGACUUCUCCUCUGCCAUUGAUGUUGGACUGAUGCUGUGACUCUGUUCUGGAUGGACCACACAUGGACUCCUGUUGUCUUUGUCUUUUUGGUCUGUAAAAUUCUUCCUGAGUCUGGUUGACUCACGUCCACAAGGUAAAAACCAUCUUCUCCUUCCUCAGGUGUUGGUUAAAAAGUGACGCUAUUCUAAAGUAAGAAACAACAAAAUGAGAAUAAUCCAUCCUCUGCUUAAUUUGUCAAAUAAUAGAUUAAAUGUCCAAAUAAUGACAGUAAAUAGUGAAAUAAAAGCCUAUUAAAAUUCCCCACACUCAACAAGAGCUGAAAGUUGCCCAAAAUGAAUAAAUAUUUGUCCAAAAUUAGAUCGACUAUUCAAAGUGACUUCAAAUUGUCCAAAAUGACAAGAAUGAACAAAUAUUAAACGUCUUUAAAUAUCAGUAAUUUUAUCUAUGUACAAUUGUGUAAACACAAACUUCUUUAAAGACUAAAAUUAUAACAAAAUAAUAAAAAUAGAACCUAAUUUACCCACUUUGUAAGACACUUCAAAGCACAAAUGUGAAGGAAUGAACCCAAAAAUACAGCCAAAGCAUCACUGAGCCUGUACGUAAAACAGAUGAGUGUUAAGAAAUGAGUUAAACUACACAUAGAAUUGGUGUUUUUUUCUUGAAUGCAUGAAAUGCAAAUAAAAGAAUUAAGCCAAGCAGUAAUAAAAGACAUCUGUGAAACACCGCCAGACUUCAGAGUGACUGAAUUCCUUCUAAAAGAAACACUUUGGCAAACUUUGUUUUUUGUCCUGCCUGCAAUAUCCCUUUAAAGUGUGGACUGAGACGUUUGCUCAUCUGUGAAAUGCUGCAGACGGCUUCUCCGAGGCUGAUUUUUACCAGGAACCUGCUCCAUCCUCCUCCCUGCAAACAUUUAAUAAUGAGAAAAUCGCCUCCAGUCUGGAUCCAGACUCACAAAGUAAACAAAUUAAUUCAAUUUUAAGUCUAUUCAAGUCAUAACAAAACAGAAAAUAAUCAAUUUGUCUGGAAGAACUUUUUCCCAGAUGGUUGCUGCAUCUCAUUUUUACAUGAUUUACCUCUAAAAUCUUAUUCCUACUUUGAAAUGCAUUGAAGAGAUUUCAGCUUUAACCUGCCAGUUUAGUAGAUGUUCCUUCCUGUCUGUCUGCAGGAAAUUCCUGCUAGAACAUGAUGUCUGGAGAAGCUUUCUGCUUCCCAAAGUGAGCCACGACUGAAAGCACAUCGCUCUUUUGUAAGAAAGAAAACAAGUGAAAUUACUCAGUAAAUGUUUUAACAGCU